AUGGGGAAAUUUUCCUGCACAGCUGAGAUCCAAGCAGCUUUUAUUCUCUCCUCCUUUGUGACUUUCCUCGGUGGACUCAUCAUCCUGUUCAUUUCCAGGCUAACAUGGAGAUCUGUAGAAAUAUGGAAAAACACCAAAGGAAUGAGAAAUAUUUUGAGUCUAUUCUUAUUGGACACCACCAGUUAUAAUUGUCUAAAUAAACUUCAUUUACAUGGAGCAUUUCGUGACCGUGUACAAAUGUUGCUUUCAGCCCAGACCUUUGAGGGGAAAGUGUUGGGGAUCCUUGUCUUUGUACUAAGCAUCGGGUCUCUUAUAAUCUAUUUCAUCAACUCUACUGACCCUGUUAGAAGCUGUUCUUCAUAUGAAGAUAAAACCAUCAUUAUUGAUUUGGUUUUCAAUAGUUUCUUUAGUUUCUACUUUGGGUUAAGAUUUGUGGCAGCUGAUGACAAGCUCAAGUUCUGGUUGGAGUUGAAUUCAAUUGUAGACAUGUUUACCAUCCCACCAGUCUUUAUUUCUUAUUAUUUAAAAAGUAAUUGGCUAGGUUUAAGAUUCCUAAGAGCACUGCGACUGCUAGAACUCCCUCUAAUCUUGCAGAUUCUAGGGAUCAUGAAGACCAGUAAUUCAGUGAAGUUUUCCAAACUAUUAUCAAUAAUUCUCAGUACCUGGUUCACAGCUGCAGGAUUCAUUCACCUGAUUUUAUUUGCGAACUAUAUCCCUGAAAUGGUGGAACUGUUUGCUAACAAGAAGAAAUACACCAGUUCCUAUGAAAUGGCCAAAGGGAAGAAGUUCAUUGUUGUCUGUGGAAACAUCACUGUGGACAGUGUGACUGCUUUCCUGAGGAAUUUUCUCCGGCACAAGUCAGGUGAAAUCAACACUGAGAUUGUUUUCCUGGGAGA